AGUUGUUUCUGUCCGGGUGAAGGCAAAAGAGUGACGCCACGCAAUACGCACAGCACAACAACAUGGAAAGCAGUCUCCGCUUUAAAGACAUCUUCCCAGUGCUCUAAACAACCUGAAGAACCUUCAGUAUUCCUUUCAAAGAGCUCAAGACGUUCCUUAUUUAUCCAGCUCAAGGUGAAGAUGGGCAGUGAUGUGGAGGUGUGGGGUAGGCACAGUUCUGCACAAAUCGCAUCCAAGAGCUUUCUGUGGGCAGAGCAUAGCAGUGGGCACAACAACUGCUGACCAAAAUCCACUUUCAAUAGCAGUGAAAAGUCUAGUAGGGAUGAAUAACAUCACAUUGUUGGCUGGUGGGAGUCUUUAUUGUGUUUAUUGUGUGGCUUUAUUGUGUAGCACUGUCAUUUAUAGAUCUUCUCAGAAUAGAUGACUGUGUGCAGAUUUUUAAAAACCAGUUGUGUAAUUUUAAACCCAUUGUACUUGAGGGCUUUGACUCAUUCACAUGACUCGAGAGGGAAGUUGAAGAGGUUGCUGCAUUAUUGCGGAAUCAAUGUAACUAAUUCAUCCUGCUCCCAAAAUAUAUCCAUAUCUGUGCAUUGACCCUGGCUCCUAUGAUAAAAUCUAAAAUGGUUUGGAUAUGGUAAAUGUUUAAUCACCCAUGAGCGAUUCUGUUGAUUCAGAGUUUGUUCACUCAUGAGUAAUCACAGCCACGCAGUUAGCAUCCACCCACCUCUCAGCCCACUCUCCAAACCCAAACCUCUCUCUAUGUUCAUUAGUUUUUCUUCCCCCUUUUUGUUUGUUCAGAGUUAGUAGACUGAUUCCAUGCUGGUAGAGAGACAUCUCCGAUUUGCGGACAUCGGCACAUCACAAAGCUCUGAUCUUUUGUCUUCAUCUUAAAGCCAACCAAAUAUGAGAGAUGCAAGAAUGACUACUCACUUGGAAUCCUUGUUCUGGACAUUUUUUUCUCAGCUGGAAUAGAGUUCAUCUGCUUCUCGUCGUUGUUUCAGGCAAGGAACACUCUUAAACAUCUGGAAAUUGAAUAGUAUCCUUAAUGAAAUAUUUCUAAAUGAAAAGCCAAGGAUAAAGAUUUCAUCAAUAGAUCAGCAUUGUCUUUGUACUUCAGUAAGGUUAGGUUCAUCAUAAUCGAAUCCUCAUGGAUAUAGAUGCUUCCAGUAGGAAGCAUACUCUUAUGGGACCUGAAUAACAGCCAGAUAGAACAAGGGUCGGACAAACGGAACUACAGCAGCAAAAGUUUUGCUUUUCCCAAUGGGAGCAAAGAAAAAUCUACAUCCUUGUGUCCAUUUCCUCCUUUUGAAACCAUCAGUAUCUUGGUCUGUUUAAAGUCUCAACUUUGAAGUGAAAUGAGAUAUUUGAUGCAACAAUGAUCACUUUCAACUUGUCUCAGGAGACUUCCUUGGAAACUAUGAGGGAGAACAGAGUGACAUCAGCCAGUCCUGAGUUCACAACCCCUGACAUGAAAGGAAGAGUAGUAGUGACCAUUGGCUAUAUUCUUAGUGUAGGAUCCAUUUUGAUCAUCUCUACCAACCUUCUAGUUGCCAUUGCCCUGGUCUUGCUUAUCCGCAAAAGGGGCUGCCAGAGUUGGUGUUUUGUUUUAAAUCUAUCCAUUGCGGACAUCCUAGUUGGCAUGGCCAUCACUGGCAUUGCCACUGAUACACUCAAAGGAACGACGGCCUCCAUGGAGAAGGGCCUUUGUCUGUUGCGCAUGACCUUUAUCAUCGCACCCUCUGCAGCCUCCAUCCUAACCAUGUUCUUGAUCUCACUGGACCGCUACAUGGCUAUAAAGUUGCCACUGCGCUAUUCGCAGCUAAUGAAUGAGAAGAUGAUUGCUGGGGCUCUGGUCCCUGUCUGGCUCAUCUCAUUGAUUGUGGGAUUUUCGCCCAGUGUUUUGAAACCGUUGCAGAAAGAAGACUAUCACAAGGAUUGCACAUUCUUCUCCGUCAUAGAGCCCAAGAGCAUCAUUGUGGUCUUCUGCCUGUUUUUUUUCCCACUACUCUCGGUCUUCAUCUAUUUCUACAUGGACAUCCUAAAAAUCGCCUGUGGCCACCAGAAGCGCAUCCGCGCCCAGCAGUCAGGUACACGCUUUCUGUCGUCUAGCUGCUACUGGGGUCAUGUAAAAGCCCUGCGGACUGUUGCCGUGUUGGUUGGCUGCUUCACUCUCUGCUGGUGCCCCUUUUUUGUGGUCAGUAUUGUGCAGGCGUCAUGUCCAGACUGUAAACUUUAUUACCUUUUGGAGAACCAUCUCUGGCUUCUGGGUCUCUCAAACUCACUUAUCAAUCCUCUCGUCUACGCCUGCUGGCAACAAGAGGUGAGGAACAAGAUCUGCGAGCUCUUCGCUCAUAUUAAAGUUGUAUUGUGUUGUGUGACACACACUGAGACAACGGACAGGUACCCCUCAGACCACCCGACUGUCGCUCAGGCAGUCAUAUUUCAUGACAAGAUGCCAGCCACUCCAGUGAAUUAUAGUAGGUCUGUCACAAUUCCUGAACAACAUCCAGAAAAUAUUUCCAAUAGAAUGGGAAUGUCCUUUUAGUCCUCUGGUCAUAGGAAACUGUAAAAGGUCUUUGACAAAUGCUUAAUCCCUUAAUGGAUGUAGAGCCCAGUGUAUAUGUCCAAAUAAAACAGACGACUUUAUUUGCUUAACAUUUCCACCUGCAAUGAACACAUUACAUUCAAAAUAUACCUAGCACUUAGUUCCCCGUUUCUUGUUUUGUUUUUUGUUUUCCAAUUGUAAAAUAUAUGGCUGUAAUAUAGAUUAAACUCAUAUUCAACAGAA